CCGGCAGCGGCGGCGGUGCAAUGCAGCGCGCUCAGCUCCAGGGCUGGAGUGGCUUUCCAGGGCUGAACUCCGCGGAUUGGCCCGGAGCACCCCGCUCUCCUCCCUCCCUGCCCUCCCUCCUCCAGCACCCACAACCCACUGGAGAUUGGACAGCUUGGUGCCACAUGGCAGAGAGGAACCAGGAUAAAAAAAAAAUGAGCCGGACUUGUGGAUUGUAGAGCGCGCGGCGAAACAGCCGGGGAGAAGUUUGCGGAGCGGUGACACCAAGCUCCUCUGGCUGCACUGAGUCGCUGCAGGGGAGGACGGACAGACGGAGGGACACCGGGGCUGCAGCCACCCAGGGACACCUGUGGGGUGAGUGCCAGCUGCGGAGCAUCCUGUCCCCUCUGCGCCAGCCAUGUCCCUGGUGGUGAAGGAGAAGAACCACGUCCGGUUGGUCUUCUUGGGAGCUGCCGGCGUGGGCAAGACAUCCCUCAUCCGCCGCUUCCUGAUGGACACCUUCGAGCCCAAGCACCGGCGCACGGUGGAGGAGCUGCACAGCAAGGAGUACGAGGUGUGCGGGGCCACGGUCAAGGUGGAAAUCCUGGACACCAGCGGCAGCUACUCCUUCCCGGCCAUGAGGAAGCUCUCGAUCCAGAACAGCGAUGCCUUCGCCCUGGUCUACGCCGUGGAUGACGCCGAGUCCUUCGAGAGCGUGAAGAGCCUGCGGGAGGAGAUCCUGGAGGUGAAGGAGGACAAGUUCCCCCCCAUCGUGGUGGUCGGCAACAAGGCGGAGAGCGGCGGCGAGCGGCAGGUGCCGGUGGAGGACGCCCUGUCGCUGGUGGAGCUGGACUGGAACAGCCGCUUCGUGGAGACGUCGGCCAAGGACAACGAGAACGUCCUGGAGGUGUUCAGGGAGCUGCUGCAGCAAGCCAACCUGCCCAGCCGGCUCAGCCCUGCACUCUGCAAGAGGAGGGAGACCCUGCCCAAGGAGCAGGCACUCAGGCCGCCCAUGAACAAGACCAACAGCUGCUCCGUGUGCUGAGCCGGCCGCCCCGGGGCCGGGAGGAAGGCGCUGGCAGCAGCGGCACCGGCUGGAAACUCAGGUGGGCUGGGUGGGGAGAGGCACUGCCUCGGCCAAAACUAACCCUGCUGCCUCCCACCCCUUCCUCCCUCUUCCCCACCCAGCCCACCGGGAGCGGAGAGGGUUGGAGGUGAUGAGGAGGGAGCUGGAAGGGAUGCUGGUUGCCGGGACAGUGCGGGGAGAGGGUGAAUUCCCAAAAAAGGCAGGAGGCUUACCUGGGAAACGGCCAUCAGCAGCCAGAGUGCUGGGUGGGAGCAGACAGGCACAAACAGCGGGGCUCUGGCCAUGGGAUGGGAAGGCAGAUCUGGGGACCUGCAGCUGCAUCACCCCCACCGGUGCUGCUCUCCCGGGGAGCCCUCAGGCCCUGGGUCACCUCAGCCCAAGCACUCACACCUCCAAGCUCCCGGCACGGCCACGGCAACCACGGCAGAUCCAAAGUAGUUCUGAGUUUGUACCUGGCGUAGAGCAUGAGAUAGGGCAGUCUGUGCAUCAGUUUGGUUUUCUCUAUUCUCUUUUUGUUUGUUUGUUUUUUAAGCACUCCCAAUAAACACGUUGUUGCGAAGUGGA